GUGUGUUCUCAUCAGCGUAACAGCAUUGAGCCGGGCAAGAGGCCGGCCUCGUUCCUGACGCCGAUCGUGGUGAGGCCGUCCAUGGGGCAGUGUGGCAGCUACGUGGCGCUGGGCUCCUCUAACGGCGAGCGUGCGCUGAGCGGCAUCACGCAGGUUUUGAUCAAUGUUUUGUCAUCACGUAAUAACAUGAGCGACAGCGUGUCCUACGGCAGACUGCAUCCUCUCAUCCAGAACAACACCCUGCUGGUGGACUCUAAGUUUCUUGAGGAGGAUGUGAAGUCUCUGAUGCAGAAGGGUCAUGAUGUGCGUAAGGUGGACAUCAUCUCACUGGUCGAAGGGACCCGGAGGACCAAUGACCUGAUCAUCGGUGUGAAGGACCCGCGCAGCACUGACGCCUCAGCACUGUCCAUGUCCAUGCCCUAGACUCACACUCACUCCCACUCUCUGCUGCUUGAUUCUGAUGCUGUUUGUGCACUAAAUAGGGACGUUAUGAGGUUUCCAAGUUGAUAACUAAAAUAGAUGGAUAAUGUCCGGUAGAUGGUAAUGAGCCGCUCCCUGCUAUCCACCACAAACACAUGACAUGUGACUCCUCUUUAUUUAAUUUGUUUUGUUUUAAUUUACCUAAAGAUUUCAAGAACUAUGUAUGUUAAAGGAUAAGUGACUGGAUAAGUUAAAGGAAUAGUUCACCCAAAAAUGAAAAUGCUGAAACUUUACUGAUUGAAACUGAUGAAGAUCUGAUUUCUUCAUCAGAUUUGGAGAAAUGUAGCAUUGCAUCACUGUUUCAGUGCUCAGCAGUGAAUGGGUGCCGUCAGAAU